GCUCUUGGAUGACUCUCUCACCCUCUCUUCUGACCUUCCCAACAGAAGAGAAGAGCUAUGCAGAGAUGCCAGCUUUGUCCACCCUUCUGCUCCUGAUCCUUGCUUUUCAAGGCACUCUUCCAUGCCCCGAAAGCUGCGACUGUCCACCAGAGAGUGGCAUGGUGUGGUGCAACCGAAGGGACCUGGUGAUGAUCCCCUUUGACAUCCCUAGUGACACCCGUGUCCUUUAUCUUAACUCAAACUGGAUCACCCAUAUACCAAAUGGAGCCUUCCAUGGCCUAAAACAGCUCCGCGAACUUCACCUCGCAGACAAUCUCAUCCAGAGCAUUGCUCCAGCAGCCUUUCGGGGUCUAAGUGGGGGACUCAGGCUGCUGGACCUUUCAGGCAACCAGUUGCAGAGGAUGGAGGUGACUCCCUUCAUCAUGCUGUCGUGGGUUCGGCUGGAGCUCUAUGACAACCCCUGGCACUGUGACUGCCCCUUGCAGGAACUGAUGAGGUCUCUUCCCUUGGACCCUGAAACAGUGGAGGACAUUGUGUGUGCCACUGCCACUUGGGAGGAGUACGCAGGCCAGACCUUGGCCCAUCUGCUCAACUCGGGUGUCAACUUCUGUCUGAGCCAGCAGAGAAACACCGACUUGGCUAUGCUGCUGACUAUGUUCUGUUGGUUCACUGUAGUGAUCUCUUAUGUCAUCUAUUAUGUCCGACGCAACCAAGCCGAGACACGGCGUCACUUGGAAUAUCUAAAGUCCCUGCCCCUGCCUAGCAAGCAGUCAAGCCCUGAGGAGGAGGAGGAGGAAGAGGAAGACGACACUCUCAGUACCAUCCUCUGAGGACUGGACUUAUGUAAGGUGGAGCUACACAACAAAUAUACAUUUGAGGUGGGAAUUGCAUGAUAAAUAUAAACUAUUUCAAACUUUAUAAACACCUUUUAAAUUGUUUUGGAAACAAAAGGUUUAGGGCAGACAGUUCCACUGCCAAACAGUUCUCACAGUGAGAGCUGUUUGGCAGUGGAACUCUCUUUCCCGGACAGUGGUGGAGGAUCCUUCUUUGGAGGCUUUUAAGCAGAGGCUGGAUGGCCACCUGUGGGGAGUGCUCUGAAUGAGAUUUUCCUGCUUCUUGCAGGGGGUUCGACUGGAUGGCCUGUGAGGUCUCUUCCAACUCUACGAUUCUAUGAUUCUGCCCUCCGUGUCAAAGAUCAUCCACAGAUGAUCUCAGCAACAGUCUCAAGACCCAUUUAAACUCAAGAACUUUGUCUAGCUUGGAGUGGGAUCAUGUGGCCCUUCAGAGUAGGAAUCAUGCAACUCUCCAUAAUGCUCCUCACUAUUGGUCAUUGCUGGCUAUGGAUGUUGGGAGUUGCUAGAGAGCUGCAUGAUGCCUACUCCUGGUCUCCAUUUUGUAAAAUAUGGGGGCGACCUUGGUGGUGAUAACAAUCCCUGCCUAUUAUUGCUUGAAUAUACUGUGGGGAUAAUAAAUACAACACAGAACAACAAUUCCCAGCAUUCCUAGUCCAGAACCAACUCUUAAUGUAUUCACCCCAAGCUCUAAUGCUGCCUAAUGAUGCCCUGUCCAUGGGGCAAUGAAUCUACUCAAGUCUGAAGUUCAAAUGAGCUCUUCAAAGUGCUGAAUGUAUUCUAGGAAUGGGUCUCAGCACUUUAGAUUGCUACUUUAAAGUUCAUGCUAAACCCCUGGACAGAUUCAUUGUUCUACUGACUAGGAAUCCAUCAGUCUCCACAGACCAAGUCCUUCAUGGUUUAGCCCAAUAUAACCCUGUGGCAGAACACCCUUAUUAUAUGUUCAACUACGGUUCUUAUCAUCACAGCCAACUACUGGCUAGGCUGAUUGCAGAUGACGAGAGUCAUUGUCCAAUGCAUUGAGAGCGGCACCAGAUUAAGGAAUGCUGCCAAAUGCCAGUCCUCCACUAUAGACACUCCAUCUUUUCAUCACACCAUUUUUUUCAGUUAAUUCGAUUUUUCCUACAGCUGUAUUGAGAAGGUUCAACACAUAUUACAUAGAAAGAUAUAAUCAGUUUAAUAUAAAUUAAAGCAAGAAAAAAAGUAAAACAACAAACAAUAACAAGAGUAGUUUAUCUAACAAAAGUAAGUUUGACUAACUUUUCUCUCUACUGAAAUUCCAAGGUAUUUUAUAAACAACAUGUUGAGUUAGCCUGGGCUGGGACCAGUGAUCAAACACUUGAUUUGUCGAUUUUCUACUUUUGCCUCUUGUUUAUUGUCUGGAAUUUUGCAAAAUAAACCAAGUAUUUUGUUGCCUUCCA